AUGAAGAAAAGAAAUUAGAAACUAUGUAUGUAAAUCAAAUAAUAAAUUAAGCUGAUUUAUGUGUCACAUCAAAAAUGUUAUGUGCAAAAUUUGGAACCUACACUAAGAAAUUUAUAGCAGCUGGAGAUGAAAAGAAUUGUGUUCAAAUCUGGUAAAUAGGAAAUCAAAAACCAAUUGCUGUAUUUCAAUAAUUCAUAACUAGACUUUAAGUUCUUUAAUUACUUCUAAUGCUUAAGUUGAAGUUGCAAGUGUGAGUUUUAGUUUUUGUGAAACUGAACUAUUUUCAGGAUCCAAUAGAGGAAUCAUCAAUAUUUGGGAUGUUGAAAGUCAAAAAUGUAAAUUAUAUUCGAUGUAUCUCUCAUAGAAAUUUAAACACUCAAAGGUCAUACUACUUGUGUAAAUUCUCUUUGUAUAUAUCCAACUGAAGAUAAUAAGAAUCUUCUUUUAAGUGGAGCUUAUGACACUUCAAUUAAAUUGUGGGAUUUAAGAUCAAAAACUGUAGUCAAUCAAUUCAAAGGUCAUUGCAUGUAAAUCAAUGCUUUGUCAGUCUCUCCAAAUAGUAAGUUAUUGGCCUCAGGUUCAAAUGAUGGAUAAGUUAAACUUUGGGAUAUUAAUUAAGCUAAAUUAAUAGCAUCUUUUACUUAACAUGAUAAUUAAAUUACAUGUCUGAGUUUUAAUCCAAUUGAGAAAGCAUUAGCUUCAGGAGGAGGUGAUCGAUGCGUCAGGUAUUGGGACUUAGAUAGAUUAACUUAAGUACCAUAAUCUUUUUGUAAAUUAGAUUUCAUCUACAAGAACAGAUACAACUCCUAUUUAAUGCAUAUUAUUUGAAUAAAAUGGAAAAGUAUUAUAUUCUGCAGCAAACGAUUCUCUUAAAGUUUGGGAUGUUGAACGUGAUUGUUAACUUUUGGAUAAUGUAGAAAGUAGUUGGAGAGGAGUCUUAGAUUUGAUUGUGGUUUAAGAAAGAGAUCAAUUAUUGGGAUUAUCAUCAAAUGUACAAACUGGAUUUAGUCUUCAUGGAGUCAAUCUUAAAACUAUUGGCUAAGAAGCCAAAAAUUAUGAUGUUAGAUCAUGUGGAGGUGCUCCUAUUAAAAGAGGAAGAACCCCAGAUAAAAGAUCAGAUAUCUAAACAGCAAAUUAAAAGGCAUCAGACUCAGAAAUUAAAGUUAAAAGCAAGCCAUCAUUACAAAUGUAAGCUUAAAACAUAUUGAAUCAGGAUUAUCAAUAUGAUCUUUAAAAAUCUAAUGAAUAGUUGAAAGAGACUUAGCUAUAACAAUAAUAGCCCUUUUAUUAAUAAUAAUAAAUAAUGGGGUCACCAUAUCUUAAUAAUAAUGGAUAUCAAUAGUAAUAGUAAUAUCCUUUAUAACAAAUGCUAUAUUAAUAUUAAAAUUAAUAAUCAUAGUAAUUUUAGCAAUAAAAUCCUUUGCUAUAUUAAUAAUAACCAAAUCAGCUUUAUUAACUAUAAUAAUAAUAAAAUCAGUUAUAUCUACAAUAUAACCGAUUGUCAUAAUAACCAUAACAAUUAUUCUAAAAUCAUGAUGCUAAUCAAUAUUUUUCAAAUCAAAUACACACACCCUAACACAAUCCAUAAAAGCCAAUUUAACUGACUCAAAUUGCUAAAGCCAUACUUUAAAACAUGAAUGAGGAGGAUUAUCCUACAGAUGAAUCAGAAAUUUUGAGUUAAAGUGAUUUAACUCUCUCUUAAUUUAUGAUGGGGGAUUAAAAUAAAGAAAAGUUUAAAUAAGUUGAUCUUAUCCAUGAGAUUGUUAAAGAUCAUAAUAAAGUUUAAUCAGUCUUGACUUAAAGGAUGAAUUAUAUGAAACCUAUUCUUCAUUGGUGGAUUAACAAUAAUCUUAAAUCUGCUUUGAAUGCUAUCAAUCAGUAUAUCUUUUAUUUUAUAUUAGAGUAGUAGAACCAUCCAUAUUGCAUGAUGCUUUAUCUCUUUAUUCCAAAUCUUCUAAAUUUGGAUAAGUCCCUAUUGAUUCUCUUCCUAUGUUAUUGGGGAAAGCAAGAAUUCUAAUUGAAUCAAAGUACAAUUCUCAUGUAAAGAGUGGACUUGAUUUUACUUGGACUACUCUAAAUUAAUUUAGAGAUGUAAUUAUUAUAUUUUAUAAAAGGAAAUCCUUAAUAUUAAACUGUUUAAUUAAUUAUCAAAGGCAGAUUUAACAAGAGAAGAAAGAAUUUAAAAUUAUGAUAGAGUAAUUGAACAAUUUAAAAUUAUUGCUUAAACACCAAAAUUACAAAAAUUAAUUGAUAGAAACUAAGAAGAUCUCUCAGAUUUAGCUAAGUAAUUUUAAAUUGAUGUUAUUGGAUUUCUCAAAAAGGUGAAUUAGAAUUAAAUGCAAAAUUGA